GAUCGCGCGCCGGCCAUCGUAUUCGUCUCUCUCUCUCUCGAGUUUGUGUCGCGUGUGUCCCGUUUCUCCCAAAAUGUUGAGGAUAUUCCUCUGUGUGUUUGUCGUGCAAUUCGCAUUGCUAAUCAAUGCAACCGGCCUCUAUUCGGUGGUGGGGCCUGGCACCAUUCGCUCCAACUUCAAGUACAAUGUGGCCGUGUCCGUGCACCAGGCGGACGGGCCCAGCCAGCUGAGAAUCAGCCUCAAUGGACCCUCGUACAAUGAGACAAAGGAGAUUGAGGUGCUGCCGAUGUCCACGCAGAAUGUGGAAUUCGAUGUGCCGAAGCUGGCCAGCGGGGACUACAAUCUGACGGCUGUCGGUGUGUCGGGCAUCGUCUUCGAGAACUCCACCAAGCUGAACAUGGCCGACGAUAAGCCCUCGACCUUCAUACAAACCGAUAAGGCCACCUACAAGCCCGCCGAUCUGGUGCAGUUCCGAGUACUCAUCCUCGACGAGCAAACCAGACCCGCCAAGAUCGACAAACCCAUCACGAUUGCCGUCACAGAUGGUGCACAGAAUCGCAUUAAGCAGCUGACGGACAUCAAGCUGACGAAGGGCGUGUACUCCGGUGAGUUGCAGCUGUCCGAGCAGCCAGUGCUGGGCACCUGGCAGAUCGCAGUGAGUGUCGAUGGCGAUGGCAGCGAAACGAAGACCUUCGAGGUGGACAAGUAUGUGCUGCCCAAGUUCGAGGUGAUUGUCGAAGCACCCAAAGAUGUCGCCGUGCAGGACAAGGUGAUAAAAGCCACCAUCAGAGCCAAGUACACCUACGGCAAGCCGGUCAAGGGCAAGGCCACCGUCUCCAUCGAGCCCAAUUAUUCGCACUAUCUGAACCGCGAUGUGGGCACACAGGAGAAGACAAUCGAUGUGGAUGGCAAAGGGCAUGUGGAGUUCAGCAUCGAAGGCAACCAGUAUCGUGGCGGUUACUCUCCGCCUUUGAAAAUUCUGGCCAUUGUCACCGAGGAGCUGACGGGCAACAAGCAGAAUGCCACAACGAUUGUCAAUCUGCACAGUCAACGCUACAGGAUCGAGGGUGUCGACACUGCGCCCACGUAUGAGCCCGGCAAGCCGUUUCUCUUUCAGAUUGUAGUCAAGAAUGUGGAUGGUUCCCCAGUGCGCGACUCCGAGAAGAAGGUCAAAGUGAGCUUCGUGGCCGGACAUCAAUUUUCCGAUCGUGGCAAUCAGCGGGAGUUCACUUUCGAAUCAACGCUGAACGAGCAUGGCAUGGCCGCCUUCAAUGUGACGCUGCCCGAAAUGGAAAUGAGUUAUGUGAGCAUCAAUGCCGUCUUCGGAGACUCCUCAUCCUUUGUGGGCAGCAUCUCCAAGUCACUGCCCGCCUUCGAGUCGAACGAACCACUCAAAAUUGAGCUGAAAACAAAGACUCCAAAACUAGGCGAAAGUGUGUCCUUUGAGGUCAAGUCGAAUGUGGCUAUACCCUACUUUGUCUACACCAUUGUGGCCAGGGGCAACAUUGUGGACACCGACUACGUGGAUGUGCCAAAGGGCCGCAAGACUCACACGGUGAAGUUUACACCCACAUUUGCAAUGGUUCCUCGGGCUAUUAUUUAUGUCCACUACAUCUACGACAAUGAGCUGCGCUUUGAGGAGAAACAAGUUAGCUUUGAGAAGGAUUUCAGUAACUCGAUUGAAAUAUCUGCGCCGCUGGAUGCCAAGCCUAGCGAAGAGGUGACGCUGCGUGUCAAGACAGAUGGCGAUUCAUUUGUGGGUCUGCUGGGCGUGGACCAAAGUGUGUUGCUGCUCAAGUCCGGCAAUGAUUUGAAUCGCGAUGAGAUCUUCAACAGUCUCAACAAUUACCGAACAUCGACACCCUGGCAGCGCGGCUAUGGACGUUAUCCGGGCGAGACCUCAGGACUGGUGACCCUAACCAAUGCCAACUAUCCCUACAAUACGGUCAGACGCUGGUUCACCAGAGUUCCCCUGCAGCGCUUUCCAGGCAUGGGCUUCGGUUUAAUGAACACAAAUCUCUUGGCAAUGAGGCCAUCUGCAGCUGGGAUUCCAAUGCCAAUACCACCAACAAUCUCAGCCCCAGCUCCAGUGCCCCAAAUACGCAAAGAGUUUCCGGAAAAUUGGAUCUUUUAUAAUGCUGAAAACACGGAUGCCGAUGGCUUUACACUGGUAAAGAAGAUACCGGAUACCAUUACCUCAUGGGUGGUCACGGGCUUCUCACUGAACCCCAGCUCGGGCAUUGCGCUGACCAAGAGCCCUAGUAAAAUUCGCGUGUUCCAGCCUUUCUUUGUGUCCACCAAUUUGCCGUAUUCCGUGAAGAGGGGCGAAGUCAUAGCCAUACCUGUGAUCAUAUUCAACUACUUGGACAAGACACUCGAUGCGGAGGUCGUCAUGGACAAUGCGGACAAGGAGUACGAGUUCACGGAGGCCACCAACGAGGUGGAGGAGAAGGCCAGCGAUGAGGUGCGACGCAUGAAACGUGUCACAAUACCCGCCAACAGCGGCAAGAGCGUCUCCUUUAUGAUACGACCCAAGACCGUGGGUUCAACGACCCUAAAGAUUUCCGCCACUUCACCCAUUGCCGGCGACACCAUCCACCAGAAGCUGAAGGUAGAGCCCGAGGGUGUCACGCAGUUUGUCAAUCGAGCGGUUUUCAUCAACCUAAAGGACCAACCGGAGCUGUCGGAGUCACUCGAGGUGCAAAUACCCACGGAGGCUGUGCGUGAUUCAGAGUUCAUAGAGUUCUCGGUGGUGGGAGAUCUGCUGGGUCCCACGCUCCAAAAUCUGGACAAUCUGGUGCGCAUGCCCUACGGCUGCGGUGAGCAGAAUAUGGUGAACUUUGUGCCCAACAUUUUGGUGCUGAGCUACCUGGAGGUGACCAACCGCAAGAUGCCCAGCGUUGAGGCGAAGGCCAAGAAGUUCCUGGAGAUUGGCUACCAGCGGGAGCUGACCUACAAGCAUGACGAUGGCUCCUACAGUGCCUUUGGCAAGUCCGAUCCCUCGGGCAGCACUUGGCUCACGGCUUAUGUGAUGCGCUCCUUCCAUCAGGCGGCAAAGUACACCCAAGUGGAUCCCAAAGUGAUGACUGCAGGACUCGAUUUUCUUGUCUCCAAGCAGAAGGACACCGGCGAGUUCCCGGAGGUGGGCAAACUUUUUGACAAUGCCAAUCAGAACGAGCUGGCGCUGACUGCCUUUGUGCUGUUGGCCUUCUUCGAGAAUCAGGAACUCAUUCCCAAAUACCAGAGUGCCAUUGACAAGGGUGUGCGCUAUGUGGCUGAGGAGGUGGACAAGACAGAGGAUCAAUAUGCGCUGGCCAUUGCUGCGGUGGCCCUGCAGCUGGCCAAACAUCCGCAGGCCGAGAAGGUGCUGGCCAAGCUGGAGGGCGAGGCCAGGCAGGAGAAUGAUCGCAAGUGGUGGUCCAAGGGCACAUCAACGGUAAUCAACAUUUGGCGUCCGCGCAGCAACGAUGUGGAGAUCACCUCGUAUGUGCUGCUCGCUCUGCUCGAGCAGGGUGCGGCAGAGUCGAGUCUGCCCAUUGUCAAGUGGCUGAUUGGACAGCGGAACAGCAACGGUGGCUUUGCCUCCACCCAGGACACAGUUGUCGGCCUGCAGGCGCUCACGAAAUUCGCUCAGAAGACCGGCUCCGGCACCGGCACCAUGGACAUUGACUUUGUGCCCUCGAAUGGCACCAAGUCCACCAUCAAAGUGGAACCUGCCAACUCCCUGGUGCUGCAGACUCACGUGCUGCCGAAGACCACGCGCAAAGUGGAUUUCACGGCCAAGGGCACUGGCUCGGCCAUGGUGCAGCUUUCGUAUCGCUACAAUCUGGCCGAGAAGGACAAGAAGCCCAGCUUCAAGGUCACUCCCACGGUGAAGGACACGGCCUCCAACCAACUGCUCGUGGUGGACAUUUGCGCCGAGUACAUACCGCUCGAGGAGAGCGACAAGGACAAGGACUCGAAUAUGGCUGUCAUGGAGAUUGCACUGCCCUCCGGCUAUGUGGGCGACGCUGAGAGUCUCAGCAAAAUCGAGUCUGUCGAUCGUGUGAAGCGCGUGGAAACCAAGAACUCCGACUCCACGGUUAUUGUGUACUUUGACAGCCUGACGCCCGGCGAUGUCAAGUGCCUGCCCGUGGAGGCAACCAAGGCGCACGCGGUGGCCAAACAGAAGCCCGCGGCUGUGUCCCUCUACGACUAUUACGACACGGAACGCCGCGCCACCGAAUACUAUCAGGUGAAGUCCUCCCUGUGCGACAUUUGCGAGGGCAGCGACUGUGGCAGCGGUUGCAAGAAGGAGUGAAGUAAAUACUAACAAAUAAAAUCAGAAUAAAUAAAAAGAAAUAAAUAAAGUGUAUGAAAAUGUA